AUGGGUCGUGACUCGGCGUCAAGAGCCUCGGCGCCAGAGAAGGGAGAGGGUCGUUUCUCACUACUGUUGUGUGCACACACCACGCUGUAUCAGCAGCAGAGUACUACCAGCAAGAUCGGACUGGGGGCACACCAUCCCGGGCAUUAUGGUUUCCUUCCGUACGCGGCCGCGGCGGCUGCAGCAGCAGCCCACGCGGCGUCGUCGUCGUCAUCGUCGUCUUCGUCGUCGGAGGCAUCUUCCGGCCAGCAGCCACCGCCGCCGGCGCACAUGGGCAUUCCACCGUACAACCUCGACCCCAAGUCAAACCCUCUCGACUCGUCCACGUUUUCUGCUUCUCGAGCUGCUUCUCAUGCCAAACGAUCCGAUUCCUCUAUUGAGGUGCUCAUCUCCCGUCCCGACUCCCGAGUAGCGCAGAGGCGCGAAACCGUGCGCAAUGCCCGGCGUCUGCGUUCGGGAAGACGAGGGCGAGUCACUCGCAACCAUGCAGAGGCACAAUUGAUUCUGGAAGCAUGGCACAGUGCCGUGUCGCACGGUGCCAACUUCUUUAUCCGCGCCGUGCAGCUUUCUACUACUCUUGGCGGGUGUGAUGUGCUCAUCUCGCUUGUGACGACGCUGAUCAAGGGUGCAACCCUUGAUUGGCCUUGUUAUGCCGGGAAAGCUUGGGCUUCGGGAUCACCGGCGCGACCGAAGAGAGUCGCAGUCCGCACUUCGUCCUGUUCCGCGCCGUCGUCGUCGUGGACUGUAGACUUGUUGAUGUUCUGCACGGUAUCGAUGAGGAGGGAAGAUAACUGGUCUGGUGCUGUUGUUACGGUACCGCGUUUACUUGAGUACCGCGCGCCAUCAAGGGGUGUGGAAAUCACUUGCAUCACCAACUCUUCUGGUCAUGUGCACUCGAAAAAGGGAAUGCUUGGAUAUCAGCGAAAUAUGAUCAUACAAUUCCGAAAGUUUUGCGAAGAGAGCACGAGCAAGGCAAAACGAACAUCAUCCUGGCAUCAAGAACCAUACUGUACUUGUUCUCGGCCUCUCGCCCACCUGGACUUGGCGCGGAAAGUGACACCCGCGAAGCAUUCGCUGCUGCGGAAGGAGCCUUAUAGAAGUCGUGGAAGCUGGCAGUCGGCCGCGAGGAAGCGGAUCGUGGACGAAGCGCGCGUCGAGGAAAGAGGCUCUGCGAGCGCCGGCUCCACGAAAAAAUACCGCCGCCCGAAAAUCACCCAAGGCCAAUAA